CAAGCCUGUCAUUGUGUCAGUCCUGUCAAAUGUCAUCAAGUGUGUAUUUUCAUUUUACAUAAGAAAAAAUUAAAAUUUAUAAUUAUUUUACAAAGCAUUUAUUCCAACUCGAACCUCAAAAAGUGACCAAUAAUCCCAAUUUUCAUAAUGGACAGCCUUCAAAAUCCAUUCUCAGGCCUUAUGCAACAAGAUCAACAAACCAAAACUAUUAUCGAAAAUCAAAAAUUAAAUGAACUCAUAGAAACUGUCUUCCUCUUCACAAUCAACAAAAACAUUCCCACAAAUUCCAAGCAAUUUGUUUACAUGGAAGAAUUCGCCUCCCAAGCUGAUGGAAAUCUCUUUAAUUUGGAUCUAUUAGAACAAGCUCUAUUCGAAAGGCUACUCUUGCCAAAUCCUAAAGAUUAUUUGCUGCCAGAGGGUGUGAUUUUGGAUCAUGAGACAAGUUAUGUAGCAGAAACGCAAGUCAUUGUUUAUUUGUGUAAAGCUUUCACUAAAUUGGAACAACUCAGGGCAAUGAAUGAAGAUACAAAUUUAAUUGAAGCAUUUGAUCAUAUUAAAAAUUUAAUCUUGAGAAACUCAAGUACAUCAAUGAAUCAACCGUCACUGUAUGAAGGGCAAUCUUUGCACGCUCAAUGGUUGAGCCUGCUCCAGGAUGAGAAUGACAUGGAAUACAAGGAAGAAUUUCUUACAGGCACUGCAAAAGAGAUGCAUACAGACGACGAACUGGCAUCCAUGGGUAGUCUGAAAGCUAUUUUCUAUCCAAUGUUUAACGAGAUCCAGAAAGUUCUGACCAAAACAAACAUUAUUCUACUGCCUAAAUGGAUUGUGCCCCUGCUAACAUAUUUUGUGAAAAAUAAAACAGUUCCACAGCUUGGAGAAAUACUUAUAGACUAUUCCACACCAAACCCAGACACUAAUGGCCGAGCUUAUAUGGAAACCCUUUUCGGUCAGUUAUUAACUAUGUCGAUGUUACCUAAAAACGAUAACGGGCCAUAUGACUUCUUUGAUUCUUUGUCUGAAAACUCAACGAACACCGAUCAUCUGAAUAGUUGUCUGACAAAUCACCAAAACAACAUAUUUUCUAUCUUCAAAAUGCUACUAGUUCUUGGACCUCAGGUUAAAAAUAAGACAUUAACAUGGAUAGCAAACUGUCUACAUGCCAAUGCACAACGCUCUCAGAUAUGGACAAUGCAUAAUAUGGCACCAAUGCCUAAUUCGGGCGCAAGUGAUGCUUUCAUGUUUGGUUUGUGUUCGGUGCUCUUACGGCUUUGUGCUCCAUUGUGCAAACCAUCAUUGAAGGUUCUCCUUGUCGAUCCAACUUAUUGUGCAACACCUGAAAGCAAAUGUUCUGCAAAAGAAGUUAGACUAAAAAAGGCAUGGGAUGAGACAUGUCUAUUGCCAGUAGAAGAUGGCGAAGAAAGAGCCACAGCAGAGACCUACAAUUUCGUAACUGAGCUAUUUUUUAUGACACAUAAAGCGAUCGAACUAAGCUAUAGAGUUGGAUAUGAGACAUGUAUACGCAUUACGAGAGAAAAUCAAAAUAUGUUAGCGGCCUAUCAAGAUGCCAUGAAUCAACUCAAUACUGCAGCUGCGGAUACCAUCAUGCGAAUGGUUACUUCACAAACCCAAAAGUUCUUGUGCAUGAAAAAUUAUCUUCAAAAUCCAGAAAAUGACAAACAUUUAUUUGGGUUUUGUGAAUCGACCGCUAUUUGGUUAUUGCAGAUUAAUGCCAAGUCCAAGGAACAGUAUGAAACGUGUGUAUCUGCAAAGUGUUUUGCACCAAAGGAUCAGAUUGCUGUUACACUUCCACUUUCUACAUACGUUCCACCCUAUUUAAAAUCGAUUCCGGAAACUGUAUUAGAAAAUACAGUCGUUUACUUUAAUUUCAAUCGACGUUUUUUCUCCACCACGGAAAGACCUCAUUCGUUUUUUAAAAUGGUUCUUGCAUUUAUGGGAAGUGCACAACGUGUAAAGAAUCCACAUUUGAGAGCAAAACUUGCCGAAGGUCUUGAAAGCCUGUUGCCAAAAGAUGGUGAAAAUAAAUCAAUAGCAGAUCUCUUUACUAGCCAUCCAGAUCGUUUACAAAUUGUUCCAAACCUUUUGGAAGUUUUUGUAAGUAUUGAGAUGACUGGACAAUCAGUUCAAUUUGAACAAAAAUUCAACUAUCGUCGACCAAUGUAUGCCAUCAUGGAGUUUUUGUGGACUCUGGAAGAACAAAGACAAUGUUUUAAGAACCUUGCACUUGAAGCGGAAAAAAAUAUGGAAGCCGUCGAACCACCUCUAUUUCUUCGUUUUAUCAAUCUUUUGAUCAACGAUGCGAUAUUCCUAUUAGAUGAGUCACUAUCAAAUAUGCAACAAAUUCGACAGCUGCAAUCAGCACAAGAUAAAGGGGAAUGGGAAGCUCUUCCUGCCAAUGAAAGACAACAAAAUGUAUCGAAUCUAGAACUACUAAGAAUGUUGGCUAAGAUAUACAAUACUGUGGGACGUGAUACCAUUAAUAUUUUAAAAUUAAUAACAACAGAAAUUAAAGUAAUAUUUUCACAUGAAAGUAUGGUAGAUCGGAUAGCUUCAAUGCUUAAUUACUUCCUUUUGAAUUUGGUUGGUCCUAAUAAAGGAAAAUUUAAGGUCAAAGAUAAAAACGAACUCAAAUUUGACCCAGCUCAUACAGUUAUGGAAAUAUGCCGCAUUUAUAUUAACUUGAGUGCUUGUGAUAGUUUUUGUCUAGCUGUUUCUCAGGAUGGGCGAUCGUAUAGCAGCAGUUUGUUUGAAUAUGCUGAAACAGUGCUAAUUCGUAUAUGUGGAGGCCAGUUAAUUGGUGAAAUGGAAGAGUUUUCUGCUAAAGUUAAAAAUAUUGAACAGAAAUACAAAGCAGAUCAAGAGGCUUUAACAAAUGUACCAGAUGAAUACUUGGAUCCAAUUAUGUCAAGUAUAAUGAUGGAUCCUGUAAUAUUACCCAGUUCUCGAGUCACCGUAGACCGAUCUACAAUCGCUAGACACAUACUGAGUGAUCAAACAGAUCCGUUUAACAGAUCACCACUGACGAUGGAUCAAGUGAAACCGAAUUUGGAGUUAAAAGCUGAGAUAGAAAAAUGGAUCGAGCAAAAACGAAAAGAUUACAGUGAAAAGCAAAAAGCAGAUUUAGAAGAUAAAAAUUAAUAGUACCCACACAGGUCGAUUUCUAAUAUGUGUCCUUCAUUCCGUGUAAAUAAGUUAAACCAAAUAUAUAAAUGUGUUGAUAUCAAAAACUA